AUGGCGAAUCCAUUUUUGAUGGAUGAUGACUUGGAUGGCGUUGACGCCGAUCCCACAGCGAACCCUUUCUUCACAAAAGUCGAUACUGAAGAGGGUGAAGCAGAAACAGAGAAUCCUUUCUCGGGACAAUCGAAUCCAUUUGCCUUUGGCGACGAACCUGAUGACGGUCCAGCACCAGCAUCGGAUAUUGAUCCAGCGAUGAGUUUCUUUGGCACAACUAUUGAAGCGGAGGAUGAUGCACUUAGCAUUAAGUCUACAGCUGAAGAAGAUGAUGAAACUUCUAAAAGGGGUCCACCACCAAGACCAGUGCCACCACAAACACAAGAACUUAUUAAUACAGUUUCUAACCAAAUGGAGGAGACAAGUUCCGAGUUACUCGGUCGCAUACCAGCUACUCGUUCGCCUAGUCCUGUUUCAAUGCGUGACUUACAUUCACCCAGUCCUACACCAGAUUCUGGUUUGGCAGACUUGCUAGAUGUAUCAGAUAGUGGUUCGUCUGGUAAUAUGCAUGGAUUCGAAAUGGAUCUAGUUGGUAGUGGUACUAACAAUAGUGCAGAUAAUCCCUUCGGUGUGCCAACAGCCAUUCCUAGUUUACAUGGCGCAACACCUAUGCCAUCACCAGCAAAGCAACAACCUCCGCGACCACCACCACCACGUCCAGUACCACCAAGGCCGGCACCACCAAAUGGCAUACCAGCGCAACGCAAUCAACCACCUCCACGACCAACUCCCCCAGCUCCGGAGCCACCUACUCAGCCCGCUGCUGAGGUGGCAGAUAGUGAGGAUCUAUUCGAUAUGUUUGGCACAACCAAACCAUCAAAACCACCACCACCAAAGAGCAAGGAAGACAUACUAAGUCUGUUUGAAAAGCCAGCACAACCAGUAUCCAAACCAGAUCUACUAAGUGACGAUCUUGUACUUGAACCUUCACCAGAAAUGCCAGAAGAUGAACAGAAUAAAGAUAUAGAAGAUCCUAUUUUCAGUUCUAUGCUAACUCGACCUGAUGAGAGCACACACGAUAUUACAUCUCAACCACAGGCAGCAGAUCUAAACAUAUCGUUGAUAAAUAGUGUGGAAAGAAAAGAACUGGUAGUCGAUGACACAAAACCACGUGCACCAACUCCGGACAUUGAAAUAACGACUGUAGAAGAUCUUCCACGUUCUGACGAUGAAGAUGAGCCAGAGCCAGUAAAACCAGCACCACCGGUGGUCAUUGAAACCAAGCCAAGUCCCGACGAAGAUGAUGAAGAGGUGGAGAAAGAUGAAAAAGAAGUUGUACCACCAGCUGCAGAACCCGCAGCCUUUACAUCUGUCGAUUCCGAUCACAGUCCUCCUACGGAGUCAGGAGCAACCACGCAGGCUCUGCCAGAGUCAUCUUUGGAGGCUAUUACCGAACAGCAGAAUAGUGAGUUUGAGCAAAUGGAUACAGGUCUGGAUUUCGCACCAGCUAGUGCUGUUCCGAGUGGUGCUGCUUCUGCAAAUCCAUUUGCUAGUCCAGAUGAAGAAGAAGAGACUUAUCCACCCGCUUCUGCGGUGACGAAUAUAUUUGCAGUUGACGAUAUUGACCAUACACUGGUGACCAACAUCUUUACUACAGCGACAGACACCAUGACGACAUCUGCUGUGCCAGUUAAUAUUUUUGCACCGGAUCCUGAACCAGAAGCUAUCACAGUAAACUCUUACGCCACUAAUAAUAUCUUUGCCAGUGAGCCAGAUGAAUUUGACGCAUUCUCGGCCAAAUUUGAUUCUGUUAAGAAGGAUAAUGUGAGCAUACUGGAUGGCUUUGGUGGUUCGGGUGCUGUUACUCCCUCAGGCGGUGACGCUUGGGGUGACAGUGCAUUUGGCUCACCUGCUGCGGCAACUAAUGUCUUUGGCGUGACCGAUGGCUUCGAGAAUGAGGAUGAUGACUUCUACGCAAUGAAAGCACCAGUACGCGCCGAUUCGGUUGAGUCCGUAGACAAGGAAUUCAAUGUUGUAAUACGGCCUAAAGGCGAAAGCACACAGGGAAUUGCACCACAAUUGGCACCGCCGCCACCACCAGCGCGCAAUGCCGUUGGACAAGUUUCCAGCGACACAUCGCCUGUUGUCAAUCCCUUCGAAGACACUGGCUUCCCGGCACCGGCGGCGAUAAGUGAAGAAAACAAAGUAAAACGCACAGACUCACAGGAUACACCACAAACGCCGCUGUUCGAUGAAGAUGUCUCACAGCCGCUCGAAGAUUUCCCACGUCUGAACUAUGUCGGUCCCGGCUGGGAAAUGCAAUUGCGUCAACCGAACAAAAAGAAGAUCACUGGUCAAAGAUUUUGGAAGAAAAUAUUUGUACGUCUAGUAAUACAGAACGAUGUACCCGUAGUGCAGUUGCUUAAUCAGGUCACAGACAAACAACCAUUCCAAGAAUUGCCGCUGCAGCCCUCAUACUCUGUCUCGGAGAUUGGAGCACAACAAUACGAUCAGUUUGGCAAAAUCUUUACCGUUAAGCUACAAUAUAUCUUCUAUAAAGAGCGUCCCGGUGUGCGACCUGGUCAAGUAACCAAAGCCGAACGUAUCACAAAUAAGCUGACGAAAUUUGCACAAUACGCAAUUGCGGGUGAUUACGAAGGUGUGAAAGAGUUCGGUAGUGACUUGAAAAAGCUGGGCUUACCGGUGGAACAUGCACCACAGUCAUCGCAAUUAUUCAAAAUUGGCUCAAUGAACUACGAGGAUAUGAAACAGUUCUCCAUCUGUAUCGAAGAGGCGCUCUUCCGAUUGCCCGCGUUGCGUGAACGUGCGCUCACUUAUAAAAUGGAGGAGGUACAAGUGACAGCGGUCGACGAAAUCGUUGUGGAACAAGAUUAUGAGGGCAAAAUAUUGAAGCAAAUAGCGCGUGUGCGUCUUUUCUUUCUAGCUUUUCUAACAGGUAUGCCAUCAAUCGAGUUGGGCGUGAACGAUAUGUGGCGUCAGGGAAAAGAAGUGGUCGGUCGACACGACAUCAUACCGGUGGCCACAGAAGAGUGGAUCCGUUUGGAAGCGGUAGAGUUUCACAGUGUGGUGAAUCAGGAGGAGUAUGAGAAGACGCGUACAAUUAAGUUCCAGCCACCGGAUGCGAAUUAUAUAGAGUUACUACGUUUCCGUGUGCGUCCACCCAAAAAUCGCGAACUUCCAUUACAACUGAAGGCCACAUGGUGUGUAACUGGUAAUAAGGUGGAGUUGCGUGCAGAUAUACUGGUGCCGGGCUUUACAUCGCGCAAAUUGGGACAAAUACCAUGCGAAGAUGUCUCGGUGCGGUUUCCCAUACCGGAAUGUUGGAUUUACUUGUUCCGCGUAGAGAAACACUUUAGAUAUGGCUCCGUUAAGUCCGCUCAUAGACGAACUGGUAAAAUCAAAGGCAUUGAGCGCAUUCUCGGCGCUGUUGAUACGCUGCAAGAGUCACUUAUUGAAGUCACUUCUGGUCAAGCGAAAUACGAGCAUCAUCAUCGCGCUAUCGUUUGGCGCUGUCCACGUUUGCCAAAAGAAGGCCAAGGCGCUUAUACUACACAUCAGCUUGUUUGUCGUAUGGCGCUAACUUCCUAUGAUCAGAUACCCAGCGAGCUGGCGCCCUACGCUUUCGUUGAGUUCACAAUGCCAGCGACGCAGGUCUCGCAUACAACAGUGCGUUCGGUGAGCGUACAAGAUUCGGAUUCGGAUGAGCCGCCAGAGAAAUAUGUACGCUACUUGGCACGUCAUGAAUAUAAGGUUGGCAUCGAGACGACACACGGCGAGUCUACAAACGCUUAUUUGGCAGCUACGCGCCCGAUACGUGAGGAGCCAACGCCUAAACCUGUGGCAUCUCCUGUGCCACCAAGUGAUUCGGAUACCGAUUCGAAUUAAGCAUGAAUUUAAAACGAAACAUACAAAAUUACUCAAAAUACAAACAUACAUACACACAGUGAUGUAUAGCAAAACAAAUAAAACUGUACUAUUGUAGAGCGAAAUUAAGCAAAAAGCAUAAGUAACUGUUAAAAAGCGCUUACACACAACUACAUACAUAACCAAGUUGAUUUUUAAAAGGUUAGUAAUGGCAGCAGCAUAGCUUCGAGAACAAAUGCAUAUGAAUAUGUAGUGU